AUGGCAGAAUCAAACCAAAUUUCAGAUCCCUAUUAUCUUCACCCAAACGAAUCUCCAUCUUUGAUCCUAGUUACUCCAUCGAUGAAUGGAAGGAAUUAUCACUCUUGUUCACGUGCAAUAAAGGUGGCUCUGAUUUUGAAGAACAAGCUUGGCUUUGUGAAUGGUACUAUAACUACUCCAUCAGAAGAUAAUGUGAAGUAUGUAGCAUGGGAGGGAUGCAACAUGAUGGUGCUGUCUUGGGUGCAUCGUUCAAUAGAUAAUUCAAUUAUCCAGUCUAUAAUCUGGAUCGGCAAAGCAAAUGAAGUUUGGAAUGAUUUGAAGGAUCGGUUCUCACAAUCCGAUAUGUUUCGGAUCUCAGAUCUCCAAGAAAACCUGUAUCAAAUGAAUCAAGGUAACAAAACUGUAUCAGAAUAUUUUACAAGCCUGAAAACUCUAUGGGACGAACUGAGCAACCUUAGGCCACUUCCAACGUGCACAUGUGGAAGUUCAACCAAGAUUCGUGAAUACAGAGAAGGAGAUCAAGUCAUAAGGAAUCUGAGAGGUCUUAAUGAGCAAUUUGCUCAUGUUAGGUCUCAAAUCAUGUUAAUGACUCCUCUUCCAACCAUCAACAAGGCGUUCUCUCUAGUUAUGCAACAGGAAAGACAACUUCAAUUAGAUGUUCAUGGUGGAAAUGCAUCUGAGACAAAAAAAUUUGCAAGUUCCACAGAGAAUUUUCGUGGUCGUGGCUCUUCAUACAGAGGAAGAGGAAGGUUCAAUGGAGGAAGAGGACAAAUCUCAGGAUCUAAGUUUUGCACUCACUGUAAGAAAACCAAUCACACUAUUGAAUCGUGUUAUUUCAAACACGGUUUUCCACAAGGAUAUAGAUCCAAAACUUUCCAGAAUUCUAGUAAUGUAAUUCACACAGUAGAACUGGAACAUAAGUCAUCAGAUAGUCGACAGGAACAGUUUGGAGCAGCAAGUGUCAAUUCCAAAAGCAAAGUAUGA